UAACAAAUAUGAUGGGCUUCCCCCCUGUACGUUUCUGACCAAAUUCAUUCACAUCAAGAUCGAAAAACUUCCAACAUUCUCUCCGUUCACCGGCGACUGCGAGAAGAGCGAUUAUUUUCUUCAAUUUUCUCUCUCCUCCGCAUUUCCGGCGCAUACGAAAACUCGCCGGCGAGGAGGUUCUGAGGACGAAAUUAUUGCAGGAGGUAUUGAGGACGAUUUGGUAGCGAAUUCCAGCGUACGCUGUGGAUUUUCUGAUUUUGCAAUCAAUUGAGAGCUGCAUCUAGUUCAGUUGGCCAAAAUGGUUUCGUUCGAGAUGAAUGACAGAAAAAAGAUUGGGCUAGGUUUGACAGGAUUUGGGAUCUUUUUCACAACUCUCGGAGUUUUUAUGUUGUUCGACAAGGGGUUACUUGCAAUGGGAAAUAUCCUCUUCCUGUCUGGGGUGGCACUGACCAUCGGACUGACGUCUACUCUGCAGUUUUUCAUGAAACCUCAGAAUUAUAAGGGAACAAUUUCUUUUGGUGCUGGCUUCGUCUUGGUUGUGAUAGGAUGGCCAAUAGUGGGAAUGAUAUUGGAAUCAUAUGGAUUUCUUGUACUCUUCAGUGGCUUUUGGCCUACAUUAUCAGUGUUCGCACAGAGGAUUCCUGUUCUUGGUUGGAUUUUCCAGCAGCCAUACAUCAAAGCGUUGAUCGAUCGGUACCGUGGGAAACGUGUGCCUGUUUAAAUCAAGUCCAGGAAGUGUUUGCAUAUGUAAGUGUAAUACUAUUGGAGGAACAUGUAAUCUCUUGAUUUUAAAGUGAUGAAAUUGUACAGAGCUAGAUGAUACAACUUUCUUCUUGUGAAUUAGUCUGUGGAUGCUAAUUUUCUUGCUUUUGACCUUGAAUUGUCAGUUGCUAUAUCCUCACUCGUGGUAGUCAUAUUCUUUGUAGCAAAUGAUCUUUGUUGUAUCAGAUGGUUCAGAUCGUUCUUGACAAAGGAGCAAAUAGUAUAGACCGUAUUGGAUUUUAAACAAUCUGUUUUGCUAAGAUGCUUGUGUGAAUUUUGCCUGAGAUGACAAAUUGAAUUGCGCAUUUGUAUGAACAGUUUGAGAUCUGAAAUGAUGCCUUUUGGCUUAUGUAUUGUAAUUUCUAUUUUUUGAUGAA